AAUCUGCUCGAGGUGUAGCCGGGGAGACGGGAAGACAGGGAAGAAUGGCAUGUGGAUCUGUGUAUCAGAGCAGCCGGGCUCCCAGGUAAAAAUGGUAUUUGGUUUCACCGAGAAGCGACUGAGUCACCCCUCGGCUCCUUUGCAAGAGAGACGAACAGGGCACAACAAUUCAGGAGAGAACUUUCAGCAUCCAAAGAGAUUAAACACCAUUUCAAGGUACUGCUUUCCUAAAUCCUGGCAUUGUCCCCUAUGGUGAAAUAAGUAAUUGCAAGAUCUGAAGUUAUGUUAAUGUUGUGCUACGUUAUGUUAAGGAUUCAUGUUAGGAUAUGUUAUUUUAUUGUAUGUGAUUUAUGUUAGGGUAUGUGAUGUAUGUUAGGGUAUAUAAAUCUUGUCACUGGUCUGGUUUAGUUUCUUUUUUUCCCCCUUUUAUCUUUAUUUUUUUGUUUUUAAGAGUAGAAGGGAUCUUAAUCUCAUGUCUAUUAUCCGAAUAGACUCUGAAAUUUAAAACCUCAGCAUGAGAAAUCAAACUGCUGAAAGAACAAGAACUAAAUACUUCCCCAAAAUAGAAACAACUUUUAAUAAGCUGCCAUGGCCCGCUUCAUUUAGUUCUCAAAUAUUUAUUUUAUAGAUAUUUAUGUUAUUAGCAAUAUGAUUUAAACAUUAAGAAACAGAUAUGACAGAAUAUGUUAGGAAAAUGUUCUUAAGGUGUUUACUUAAUUGGGUCACCAUUAGUAGGUUAAGAUAUUUUUAUUAACAGACCACCUGAAUUAGAACAAAUUAAACAUCUGAAUUUUCAUUUCCAUUAUCUUACGGAGAUGCUAGUCUAUGGAUAAAGCUCAGACUAAAAAUAACAUUAAAAGAAAAUUAUCCAAGGGGUGAGAGUUUACUCUUACUGGAGUUCCAGUUCCUUUAAAAUCGGAGCAAAGUUAUCUAAGCCAUUACUCUAAAAGCAGUUGCAGUUCCUUUGAGAUUGAAGAUACUAAAUUCCAGGAGAAAUGAAAAUUUAACCUCUAGCACAAAAGCUAUUGUAUGUGUUAGAGUCUGGUCCAGAAAAAUGCAAAUAUGUGCACAAAAGAGAAGGAAAUGCCUUUUUUUCAAUGUGUUCAAUGAACUAAUUGAAUCUUAAGGCUCUCAAAAGGCUGACAUGAAAGACCAAGUCCUCCUUCCUGUUAGUUUUUGUAUGGAAUAGGCCAAAAAUAUUCGUGCCAACAGCUAAUACAAAAUAAAUAAUGAUCUGAAUGUAUAUUUACACUUAAAUGAUAAAUUAUUCGUACAGCAUUAAUUUUUUUUAAAGAAUUUUUUCUUGGCAGUGAAAUGCAAAGAAUCUGGGAACAAGAAUCACCCAGAUGGGGAACUCUCCUGAACAAAGCUCUGGUGCCCAAAUUAAAAGAUUUUAGAAGUCAGUUGGAGUGAUGAAAAGAGUUGUGAAUAUUAUUUUGAAGCUGAAGAAAUUUAUUCAGAGGUAAAAACUUAAAAGGCUGAAGCUGAUUAUUUGAGCUGGAAAAGACCAAGAGGCAUUUUGAUCCUGCUUGCAGGAGGAACUAUUUGUUACAAAAUGAAUACUGGGAAAAUACAUAGAAAUGGGUGGCCAGGAACAGAAGUCAGCUCAAUUUAGAAAGCUACAAAUAUAUUUUUUAUGUCCUGCUGGAAUUCAGUCAGCGAGUCUAUAAAUAGGGAUAUAGAUUCUUAUCUGAAAACAUGUUACAAAAACCGUGUUUUUCUUUGUUUGUUGGAAACAGGAGGGCUUAGUCUGCUGCUGAAUUCUUCUGCUUUUUAGGUUUCUUUUGAAUCGAUUUUGUUAGUUCCUUUCAAAAACUUUAAAGCAAGCAGCUAAAUUUCUGUAGCACACCCAUAGUUUUUGUUUGCUUGAAAUACACUGGUCCCAAGGCUAAACCAGCCAAAAUCCAGGCUUAUGAGUAAAAGAGACAGUGUUUUUAUCUGUAUUAUUUCAAAUAAGGUUGAAAGAUGUGCUUUUAACCUCAAAAUCAUAUCCUUAUGUUUAUCAUACAGAUAUUAAAGCAUUACCUAUGAAAUUUGGGUGCUUUUUUUUAUCUCCAAGAGCAGUAACAAGCAUGUGAACAGGUUAGGGAAUGUCUCAGAGACGUGGGUUUGGGUUUGACUUGGGGGUUUGGGGUGUUUUUAGCAUCCCCACAACUUGGGGCUCCUCAGUUGUCCCACGGAGCUGCAGAGCUGAACGCCGUAAUUCUGAUGAGCGUUAGAAACAGCAAAUCAAGGCGUGGAGAGACAAAUUGGUAAAUGAUUCAUUCCCAAGCUCGCUUCCCUGGUUUUUAAGGGCCUGUCCCAUCACUGAGUUCAGCGUUUGCUGCUUUAAACACUCCCCAAAGGCAGCGCGGAACGGAGGGAUGGGGCGUUGUCCCAAAACAGGAGCUGAACUCCUGCCAUGAGGCUGCUUCGGCACAAACGGCUGGCAGGGCAGAUUUCCUACCCCAUGCCAGCAUUCCUUGGCACUGCUGCCUUCAAGAACCAACACGCGCAAGGGAGCGAGCAAUGGAACCGGAUGGGCACGGGCAGCACCUGCCUCAAAACUGCCGUGGAGGCGGCGUGGACCGGGAGGAGAUGUUGGAGGAGCAACAGGACGAGCCCGCUGACAUCGGCGUGACACCGAGCGCCACAAAUCCACCCUCGCAACCCCAGAUUUGCAUAGGCGCUAUCCUCUGCAGCGAGGACGGGAAGUGCCGCGCCAGAAGUGCGGACGUAGGCAGAGAUCUUGGGAAAGCGUCCCGAGUUCGGCCGCCGCCAGCCGCCAAAAAGCCCCUCCCGGCAGCGCCGCGGCAGCGCUCGCUUCCCUCGGGCUGGGGCAUCCCCGGCAGCGGCGGGGCAGUGACCCCGGGUGGCCUUGGGACAGCCCCGACCCUCACCCCGCCACUCCACAGCUGCGCUUCUCCCGGCUGCCAGCGCCCGGCUGCAGCUCCCGAGGAGCCACAAAGGACCCCCGUGAGCCAGCUCUGCUCCCACCCACCCAUCCUGCGCUUCUCCCGGCUGCCAGCGCCCCGCUGCAGCUCCCGAGGAGCCACAAAGGACUCCCGAGGAGCCACAAAGGACCCCCGUGAGCCACAAAGGACCACCGUGAGCCACCUCUGCUCCCACCCACCCAUCCUGCGCUUUCUCCCGGCUGCCAGCGCCCCGCUGCAGCUCCCGAGGAGCCACAAGGCACCACCGUGAGCCACCUCUGCUCCCACCCACCCGUCCUGCGCUUCUCCCGGCU